AAAGAGUCUGUUUAAAGUACUUGUUGCCAGACUUGACGAACUGUCUAUUCUAACAUUCUGAAAUGCCAUUGGGAGAGUUUUAUGCACUGACAGAAGUCAGAGGAGCACAAAAAAGAGAGGCACUAAUAAGGGAAAUAAAAAAAGAGUCACUCAUGGUUUCACCUAUGGGUACAUCAGUCAGCCCCAAAGAAGAGGCGAUAAGAGGGACAACCAAGAUAACACAGACACCUAACUGUACAAGCAAUGAAAAGGAAUACCAGCUAAUUCAAGUAAAGAACACAUGGCGUCGAGUUGAGUGCGGGCAGGAGAUACCAAAUUCUUGGGGAGAAAAUAAUUUUGUAGUUUCUCAGGCCAAAAUGUAAGUAUGUAUCUAUUUCACAAUUGCCACAGAUUAUUGCCGCAGACAUUUAAAAUAAAGAUUUACUUUUUUUUUUCGACAGACAAAGAAAACCCCAUUAUAUCAUGAUAUGCAUGGCAUGCCAUUGGUCAUGAAGGGUUAAACGGAUAAGAACGAUCAUAGCUCAGGCUUCCCCAAACUCCAACCCUCCAGAUGUUGCUGAACUACAAAUCCCAUGACUCUAUGAAUGAAAUAGAUAGGCUGAGAAUCAUGGGAGUUGUAGCUCAGCAACAUCUGGAGGGCCGGAGUUUGGGGAAGCCUGGCAUAGCUAUUAAAAAAUGGAUCAAGAUAGAGCAGUUCAGGUUAAAUUUUCCUGUAAUUCUUGCACAUGAAAACCUAAAUUCAACAUGCUAUUGUUUAGGUGUUCAUCUGUAAGUAUUACAUGAUAAUUGAACCUGGUCACUUGUGAACAUCUUUUUUGGCCCUCAAUUAUCCCUACAGGCUGGUACAAGAGCUCCAUUGGUAUGCAAUGCAUUCCUUCUACUAAUAUGGAAUUAAGAGGGGGUUACAGGUUCUGCGUGCAUUCCCAUGUUGCCUGCUACAUUUUAUUGGAGUACAGGUUCAGGUACAAUUUCAGACAGCUCAUAGAUUUUACCUUCAGAUGUACAGGUUCUGUGUUAGCCUGUAGCUACGGGUUACAUAUAUAUAGUAAGAGUAAGAUAAUGAAACAGGAAUUCAUAAUAAAUCACUGACAAGCCAGUUGAAAGCAAGCUCUGGAUGCUUUGCGUUCUGUGUGCAAGUUAUAUAUCUUCAGUGUUGUGGAACUGAUAAUACUGGAUUUUAGGAACUCUGAAUGAAAUGAAAGAGUUGGUUAUUCUACUGGAACGUUUCUAUGAGAUAGUAUCAGUAAGAUCACACUUGCAUGGCUGUAGAUAAAUAAAGAUGGCAUAUGGUACAAAGCUAAUCAGCCAUACUCUCCAGCAAUAUGGAACCUGGGAAAUCACUCUUCAGUUUCCAAUGCUUCAUUAAGCCAGAUGGCCAACAUGGUAUCACAAUGUGAAUAACAAAGCUAAUUCCCAAUAUCUGUCCCAAGGAUGGGCUGUCCACUCCCGCAUCUUUAUAUGAAGAGCUAUUGGGAAUAAAGUCUGCUCCAUCUGAAGAUAUCAAUCUAGAGGGUACUUUGGUCAUGGAUCCUAGUAAAGAAUAUGAAUGAAUUAAAAAUAAUGAAAGAAGCAAAAUUGCAAGGGAGAAUAUUAAUAUUGCAAUAUAAUUUAAGAUAUUUAUUCAAAAUUCCAGGUAAAAAUUUUCCAAUCUCCUUCCUAAAUGCUGCAUUCCAUGACAAAUAUUUUCUUAAUCUUAAAGUAUUUAUUUAUUUUGUUAAUAUCAUUUUUUUAUGUUUUGCGUCUUACAUCCCUCUUUAGUGUAUCUCUUACAAGCCCUUUGUUUGUCUCUUACCCCCUCUUUGUAUGUCUCCUACAUCUUCCCGAGCCCCAUUGUGUGUCUCUUUCUCCCCUACUGGCCCAUUUGUGCUUCUCUUCUCCCCCAUUCCUUAGCCUCUCUGUAUGUCUUCCACUCCCCUGUCCCUUAAUAAUCUCUUUCACUCCCCUCCCCGUCCCUUAAUAAUAUCUUUCCUCUCCUCUUGUCCCUUACUGCUCUCUCCUCUUGUCCCUUACUGCUCUCCCCUCCUGUCCCUUAGAGAUCUCUCCUCCUGCCCCCCAUCCCUUGGUGCUCCUCCCUGUCACUUAGUUCUCUCUUCUACCCCCUGUCCUUUAGAGCUCUCCCUCCUGUCCCUUAUAGCUAUCACCUGCCACUUAGUGGUCUCUCCUCUCCCACACCCCAUUAGCGGUCUCUCCUCUCCCCUCAUUAGCAGUCUCUGCUCUACUCUGACCCCACUCACCUAGUGGUCUCUCCUCUCCCCCCUUCCCCUGGUGGUCUCUCCUCUCCUCUCUCCCCCUCCAGGUGGUCUCUCCUCCCCCACCCCACUGGUGGUCUCUCCUCUCCCCCAGAUGGUCUCCCCCCCUCCCCUGGUGGUCUUUCCUCUCUCCCCCCAAGUGGUAUCUCCUACCCCCCUUCCCUCCCAGGUGUGCCUCCUACACCUAGUGUAGCGUGGCCAAGAUCCACUCUGGUACGCAGGAGUUAUAGAUUCAUAUACUAAGAAUAUCAUCUGUAUAAUAUGUAUAUAUAAUCUUUUUUUUUUUAUAUUCUUUAUUUAUUCCAGAACAGGACAUCUUAUACAUAUCACACAUAACCAUUUUACAAACAAUUACACGUAGACAUAUACACCGUAUUUUUGGCUUUUAACAUCGGCAACAUGAAUGCAUAUUGUAAUUUGUACAACUUUUUUUUUGUGGUCAUAAAACACGUUUUAGCUUGUAUUUCCUUAUGUGUUAGAUCACUUCUUUGAUUGUCUCAGGAUAUCUCGCUUGUUUUUUUUUGUAGUAUAUAAAAACAUGCAAGUAUCGUGUAGAUGUUUACACAUAGAACCAUUAAGGGUACUGUGUGUAUAUAUAUAUAUAUAUAUAUAUAUAUAUAUAUAUAUAUAUGCCUGCCUCUCUAGCUUUACUGCGACCCUUUCGUCUCCCUGUCAUGCACGAUCUUACAUUUAUAUAAAGAAGAAAAUAUAGUUCGAUAGAUUGGAAUCAGAAAAAGGAAAGCAUCCUCAAAGAUCUGAGGAGAGGGGGAAAGAUAGUUUGAGAUAGACUUGGGGGGUGGGAGGAAAGGUGGGAUGGAGGAGGGUUGGGGGGCAGGAUCGAGUAGUCUUUGCUGGGUUUGGGCAAUAAGACUAUGUUCGCCAGCAACAUGUCUCGAUAUGGGAACCCCCCUUCCAGAAUCGAACCACAAUUCAAGGUGGGGCAGGAGCUCCUCUCUAAAUAUUUUGUAAUAGCUGCCAUCAAAGCCAUCCCAGCCAGGUGCUUUAUUGCUUUUCAAGGCUGAAAUUGCUGCAUCUAUUUCCUCUGCUGUGAUCUGAGUACCGAGGGCUGCCGCUUCCGCCUUACCUAGUUUAGGGAGAUGUAUCUGAGAGAGGAAUUCUUGUACCUCAUCCAUUUCCUGUUGUGGGUUCGUGUCCGCGCCUGUCGAGUGGUUAUAUAGUUUGGUGUAAUAAUCUGUAAACACUUUAGCGAUCUCCGUAGGGUUCGUCUGAUAGACUCCCCUAAUUUUUUUGAUCUUUGUGAUAUGUGUGUUCCGUGGUCUAAGAGAUUGUGCAAACAAGGUGUCCAUUUUGUUGGCCUUUUCAUAGAAGAUCCGCUUUGACCACACCAUGGCUCUCGCUGUGUCAUCAAGAAGCGCGGCAUGGAUAGGAAUCCUUAUGUCCUGCACCGCCUUCAGAUUGGUAGGCGUAGGAUCCGACUUAUGCGGUUGUUCUGCCGUUCGUAAGGCUUCUAAUUGGGAUGCCAGUAGUUGAGAUUUUCGAUGCUUCUUUAGUGUCGCAUCUCUGAUCAAUAUGUCUCUGAUGACUGACCUAUGCGCCACCCACACUGUAGCUUUCGAAACCCUGUAUUCGGCCUCCCUAACAAAUAGUUAGGGAGGCGAAUAGUCUCGACAAUUUCCGGAUCCUGAAGUAGCGAAUUAUUUAACCGCCAUGCCCUGGGCGUCAUUGCGCUCAGUUUAUCUAAAGUGAUAGAGAUUUCAGCAUGAUCCGACCAAGUUAUAGGUCCCACAGUGGACUCUGAGACCCUGGGGACUGUUGUGGAGUUUACCAGAAAUAGGCCUAUUCUGGAGUAUGUGUCGUGUGGUGGCGAAUAGAAUGUAUAAUCGAUCACAUCCGGAUGUUGAGCUCUCCAGAUAUCUAUAAGGCCUGACUGUUGUAUAAAUAUGUGCAGAGUUUGUCCUGUCCACCUCUUCUGUGUGACCAAGGGGCACCUCUGCAGGGCCCCCUAUCUGCUGCAGGGGACGGGGCCGCGUUGAAAUCACCUCCCACUAUCACCAUACCAUGCGGGAGUGCAUUGACAGUGCGUGUGAGGUCCUGCCAGAAUUCCCUGGAUGGGCCAUUAGGGGCGUACAGAUUGAGAAUGUGAAUUGUGUGCGAGUAGAGGGUUCCUGAUACCAGUACAAAGCACCCCCCCCCGGGUCUAUGCUAGCCCCGCUGACCCUUAUCAGGCAUCUACGGUGUAUUAGGAUGGCAACUCCAUUCCUCUAAUUGAAGGCUCGUGCCUCGUAUGUGGUGCUAUAGGUGUAGUCUUUGAGGGCUAAACCCACAGUAUAGCAAAACCGGAUACUCUUCUGAAUCAGAUGUAAUAUCUAGGCAGUGUAAACAAAUAAACAGGCAGGAGCCCAAAUUGAAUAGUAUCAAACACAGUAUUUAUUUAAACAAAAGGUUAAAAACUCUUACUUCAAGUAGUGGGUUUGCCAGCAAUAAACCCACAACUAGAUAAGCAGGAAUUUACACACAGAAAAUGAUACAGCUUGACAAUUCCUGGUUCCGGUCACGUGACCGCUGGGACCGCCUCUCUCUGAUGUCACACGUGACGUGUUUCGCCCACCUCCUGGCCUUCUUCUGACAGGGCUUCUCUCUGAUGUCUCAUGUGACGCGUUUCGCCCGCCUCCUGGGAUUCUUUCCAGAUAGUUACAUUUAAACCAUGCCGCGAAGAGUGAUCCCGGCAUCCCCUCCCGUGGACACCAAUUCACAACAUAUACAUACAUGUGAACCAGAAUUUACAGUGAAACACCUAACAGGAUAACAUACUUUGCGGGAUAUGGGAAGGGAGCAGUCUGGAUCAUCUUUUACCUCCCUAGCCCCCUAUUAAGGGCUCCCCCUUCUCACUCCAAUGCCAUAGGAGGUACAGUGUAAUGCCCUGGGAUCCCCAAUUCCUCCCAAUCCCUUAAAGCUUGUCUCUCAAGAUAGACAUCACCGCAUCGCAUCCCUAGCCCGCCCAACAUGGGCCCACGCACUUAGAGCCACCCGAUGGGCCCAAUGUCUUCAGAGGUCUGGUCAGCGCUGUGGCCGCGUAAUAGCGAGAGCGGGCCCCUUUAAAAAAAAAAAAGCAGCCGCAGCAAGUGCUGCUGGGAGGAAGUGGUCACUUCCUCCCAGCUCACUCCGCAUGGGAGGACCGCAAGCCAGGCAGUGAGGGAGAGCCGUGCUGAAUCUCCAGUCCCAUCAGCCCCAGCCACCCUCCUGCAAAGAAAAGGUAAGAGACAGAAGGGUGGCUGGAAAAUGAGCUGUGUGUGUGUAUGUCGGUCUGUAUGUAUGUCUGUAUGCAUGCAUGUUUGUAUGUCUGUCUGUAUGUAUGUCUAUGUAUGUAUGUAUGUCUGAAUGCAUGUAUGUCUAUGUAUGUAUAUAUGUAUAUCUGUAUGUCAUUAUAAUUGUAUGUCUGUCAGUAUGUAUGUUAUGUAUGUCAUUAUGAAUUUAUGUCUGUAUGUAUGCAUGUAUCAAUGUAUGUCAUUAUGUAUGUCUGUAUAUAUGUAUAUAUGUCUGUCAGUAUGUCUGUAUGUAUGUAUAUAUGUAUGUCUGUAUGCAAGUAUCAAUGUAUGUAUGUAUGUCUGUCAGUAUGUAUGUCUGUAUGUCAUUAUGUAUGUAUAUCUGUAUGUCAGUAUAAAUGUAUGUUUGCAUAUCAUUAUGAACAUGUGUAUGGAUGUCUGUAUGCAUGUAUGUCUGUCUGUAUGACUGUAUAUAUGCAUGUAUGUCAGUCUGAAUGUAUGUAUGUCAGUUAGUCUGUAUAUAUGCAUGUAUGUCAGUCUGAAUGUACGUAUGUAUGCCAUUAUGAAUGUAUGUCUGUAUGGAUGUCAGUGUCUGUAUGUCUGUCAGUAUGUCUGUAUGUAUGAAUGUAUGUAUGUGUAUAUGUAUGUAUGUAUGUGUUUUUAUGUCCUCAUGCAUGUGUGUCUGUCUGUAUGUUAGUAUGUGUCUGUCUGUCACUAUGCAUGCCUGUGUGUCUAUAUAUGUGUGUAUGUCUCAGUAUGUGUGUGUCAGUAUGUAUGCCUGUAUGCGUGUAUGUCUGUUUCAGUAUGUGUGUCUGUUAGUAUGUAUCUGUGUCCUUUUGUAUAAGUGUGUGUGUUUGUGUCUGUGUGUGUAUUCCUGUGGGCGGUAUUUGGAGGCGGACCCUGUGGGCGGUAUUUGGAGGCGGGCACCAGGGGGCCCAGACCCUGAGCUGAGUUAGGGGCCCCAAAAUUUCUGGUGGCGGCCCUGCCUGGACCUCCCCUCCCGUGUGAACCCGGGGUCGACCCAGCGGUCUCCCUUAGUCGUCCCCAAUGAACCCGUCUUGUAAGGCUUCUGCCGAGUGGGACCGGGCCCCAAAACCAGCCCUCCCAAAACCUUUUAACAUACCCGCCCUUGCAGCUGCUUCAUUCAGCGUCGCUUCGCCGCCAGUUGCAGGUAACCUCGGGUAGUCCACCUCCAUGAGCCUCAUUCUCCCGUCGUGUACCACUCACGCGGGAGGGUUUGGAGUUCCUCUAACGUCGGGGAAAGCGCCGCCAUCUCGAUGGGGUCCUGGAUCCCUAGGCCCCGCAGGAACUCCGCAGGGUCACCAUCUGCGUGCAGGGUUUUAGUGCGCCCAUUUUGGAAUGCGAGUAGCCGAAAAGGGAAGCCCCACGCAUACCUCACUCCAUGUUUCUGUAAGAAUUCCAGCACCGGUCGCCACAAUCUCCAUUUCUGCAGGGUCGCAGGUGUUAAAUCUUGGAACAACGUAAGUUCUACUUCUCCAUAUUUAAUCAGGCCCUCUCUGCUUCGUUUCAUGAGGGCUUCCUUAGUUUGGAAAUAUAGAAACUUAAUGAUGAUGUCUCUUGGGCGCUUGUCUUCUGUCCGUUUCUGUCAUAGCGCCCUGUGAGCCCUCUCAAUGUGCCACUGGUGGUCAGGCACCACAGGGACCAGCGGCUUUAAAACUGCAGUCACCACUUCCGUAAGGGACCCUUCUCCCUCCUGCUAGGGUAAUAUUAUUUCGGCGGGAUCUGUUGCCCAUAUCAUCCAGGGUGGUCUCCACCACCUUCAGUCUAGCGGACAAUCUAUUUAUAUGAGCUCUAGCAGUGUUGUGGGCCACUACUGUGGACUCCACCCGCUGUUUGAGCACUUCUGUCCUCACACCCAAAGCCUUGAUCGCUGCCUUCACUUCACUUGGUGUUGCGUGCAAUCUCGGUAGCCAGGUAGCAACGUACCUCUGCCAAAUUUUGUAUAUAUGAUCUUAAGCGCUGCUUACCUCCUGUCUGUUACCUUUACUAUCCUCUUCACAAAGGUGGAGAGAACCCCUUGUUGGUGAUUUGCUUCUAAUUAUAGAUAGUGCGCACUUAUACUUACCAGUUUUUCCAUAUCAUGCCGUGGUUAGUAUCUACCAACAGUGGUACGUGGCAGGACAACCGGUGAACCACUGUCCAAGGUUCAUUGAUGCAUGUGGGGAGUGAAGGCAUGCCUAUCUGGUCUGAUCACACAUAAGAGCUACUGUACCUCAAAUUGCUGAAAAAAGUAAUAUUGGCCAUGACAGAAUGGUGUCAGAACACACAUUGCAUCACAGUUUCGUCCACCACUGAAAGCAUCUUCAAUGGAGAUGUGAACAUCAGAACUGGACCAUGGAGCAAUGAUAGAAGGUUGUCUGGUCUGAUGAAUUACGUUUCCUUUUAGAUCAGGUGGAUGGUCGGGUGUGUGAGUGCGUUUUACCUAGGGAAGAGAUGGAAUCAGCAAGGAUGUACUUAUGGGAAGAAGGCAGGGUGGUGGAGGCAGUGUUAUGCUCAGUGGGCUGCUUGGAAGCCUUGGGUCCUAGCAUUCAUGUGAAUGCUACUUUGACAUGUACAACCUGCCUAGAGUUUGUGACAGAUCACGUACACCCCUUCAUGGCAGUGGUGCUCCCUGAUGGAAGGGGCAUCUUUCAGCAGAAUAAUGAAGCCUGUAACACCGCAAAAAUUAUUCAAGUUUGGUUUGAGGAACAUGAAAAAGAGUUCAAGGAAUUGCCCUGGCUUCCAAAUUCCCAUGAUCUCAAUCCGAUUGAGCAUCUGCGGGAUGUCCUGGAACAACAAAUCCAAUUCACGGAGGCCCCACUUCGCACCUUGCAGGACUUAAAUCUGCUGUUAAUGUAUUGGUACCAGAUACCAGAGGACACAUCAGAGCUGUUUUGACAGCACAUGGUGGACCAACUUGAUAUUUGGCAGGUGGAGUUUUACUGUUGUGAAAAAAGUGUGUGUGUGUGUGUGUGUGUGUAUGUAUGUAUCUAUCUAUCUACAUAUAUAUCUAUUUAUGUAUUUAUAUUAUCAAAGGUAAGCUCUAUCUUCCCUGUAAAAUAUUAAUUAAAAUAUUAAAGUACAUAAAAUAUGUGAAUGCAUUAAAUACAAAAUAAGGAAAUUACAGUUGAACACUAAGCAAAGAUUUCAAUUGGGCCAGCUUGUAAAACUCUAUGAUAUUAAUAAAUAAAACAGUUCAGAAAGGUUUAAACAAGAGAGAUCAUCAUCAGGUCAAAUCUGUUUUGUAUUGAUUGUUUCCAAAUGAAGCUACCAGUUUGAAUAAAACUAUGAUAUGAUGUUAUUUUUUUUUUAUUAUUUCUCAACAGAAGUGAAAAAAUUACAGAAUCAGAAAUCUCGUGGACGGUGCAAGCACCAAUUUACUUCCAAUACAAAGUCAUAGAAAGUCAGAACCUAUUAGAUCCCUGUAAUAUGACACUUCUCUAUGGCCAUAUAUCAGAUCCCCAAGAGCUAGAAGUUUACAAAAAAAAUCCACAAAAACGAUUUAUUGUAAUAGAUGUAAAUGUUGAUGAAUUAUAUGGCUCUAAAGUCAGAGAGUAUUUAGAGGCCAACAAUGUCACUUUUAAAAUUCUUGCCCUUUCAACCACAGAGGAAACCAAGUCUAUGAAUCUGGUUCUGAAAAUACUAGAGGGAGUUCACGAGUUUGGCCUUGAUAGACGGACAGAGCCAAUCAUUGCCAUUGGAGGAGGUGUAUGUUUAGAUAUUGUAGGUCUAGCAUCAUCCCUUUAUCGGAGACGCACUCCAUACAUCCGAAUUCCCACCACACUCUUGUCUUAUGUUGAUGCAAGUGUUGGAGCCAAAAAUGGGGUCAAUUUCUGUAACUGCAAAAACAAAAUCGGGAGCUACACUCCUCCUGCGGCAACUUUACUGGACCGCUCGUUUCUCAAAACAAUUCCACGGCGUCACAUCUCUAAUGGCCUUGGAGAAAUUUUAAAGGUAUAUCUACAGUUUAAACCAUUACAUGGUCCUUAAAAUGUGAUAAUUAGUAAUAUUUUGUUAUUCAACUCAAAGAAACAGCUUCCAUGAACAAUUACAGAUUUUGAUAAAUUAGAAAGGUGAGGUUACUAUAAAAUGUAUAUAUAAGUUUGAAUAAAAUCCAUAGAAUAAAAAAAAAUACUAAAAAAAUGUCUUUGCAAGGGUUGGGUAGCAGUAAUAUCUAUUAAAGGGAUACUUAAACCUGAAGCUGUCCAAUCAAAAAAUAUAAAAAAAUAAAAACAAGAUGCCUUACGAGUUCCAGCAAAUGUCUCAAUUUUCUCUUACAGCUUCCUUUAUCUAAUGUGGCUUCAUUCAUAAUUUUUUUCAUGAAUUGAGAUGCCCGACCAUGCAUGCACACUGUGGUUGUUUGAACUUUCUCAUAAAAAACUAUAUAAAGGCCCAGUGGCGGAUCCAGAGCCUGAUCUCGGGAGGGGCAUUUGUAGAUUAUUUAAAGAAAUAAUCCAUACACAAUAACCACUACAGCAAUGUGUGAGGGGUGCAGAGUGUGCGUGGGGCAAUGUGUGUAUGGGGGAGGCUGUGUAUGUGUGUGUAGGGCAGUAUGUGUAUGGGUGCAGUGUAUGUUUGUGUGGGGCAGAGUAUGUGUGUGUUGGGCAGUGUGUGAAUGUGUACGGUGUGUGGGGGCAGUGUGUGUAUGGGGGGCAGUGUGUGUAUAGUGUGUGGGGGGGCGUGUAUGGGGGGCAGGUGCAUGUGUCUGUGUGGGCAGUGUGUGUGUAUGGGGGGGGCAGUGUAUGUGUGUGUGUGUGUGUGUGUGUCAGUGUACAGUGUGUACGUGGGCAGGUAUGUGUAUGUGGGGGGCAGUGUAUGUGUAUGUGGGGGCAGUGUGUGUGUAGGCAGUGUGUAUGGGGGCAGUGUAUGUGUGUAUGGGGGGGCAGUGUGUGAAUGUGUAUGGUGUGGGGAAAGUGUGUGUAUGGGGGGCAGUGUAUGUGUCUGUGUGGGCAGUGUGUGUAUUGGGGGGGCAGUGUAUGUGUGUGUGUGUGUGUGUCAGUGUAUGCAUGGGCAGUGUGUGUGGCAGUGUAUGUGUAUGUGGGGGCAGUGUGUGUAUGGGGGCAGUGUAUGUGUGUGCGUCAGUGUAUGUGUGGGCAGUGUGUGUAUGUGGCAGUGUAUGUGUAUGUGGGGAUGUGUGUGAAUGUGUAUGGUGUGGGUGGAAGUGUGUGUAUGGGGGCAGUGUAUGUGUCUGUGUGGGCAGUGUGUGUAUGGGGGCAGUGUAUGUGUGUGCGUCAGUGUAUGUGUGGGCAGUGUGUGUAUGUGGCAGUGUAUGUGUAUGUGGGGGAUGUGUGUGUGUAUGGGUGCAGUGUAUGUUUGUGUGGGGCAGUGUAUGUGUGUGUGGGGCAGUGUGUGAAUGUGUAUGGUGUGUGGGGGCAGUGUGUGUAUGGGGGCAGUGUAUGAAUGUGUAUGGUGUAUGGGGCGUGUAUGGUGUGUGUGGGGACAGUGUGUGUAUGGGGGCAGUGUGUGUGUGUGGGGGCAGUGUGUGUAUGGGGGCAGUGUAUGUGUGUAUGGGGGGCAGUGUGUGAAUGUGUAUUGUGUGGGCAGAAGUGUGUGUAUGGGGGGGCAGUGUAUGUAUGGGGGCAGUGUAUGUGUGUGUGUGUCAGUGUAUGUGUGGGCAGUGUGUGUAUGUGGCAGUGUAUGUGUAUGUGAGGGCAGUGUAUGUGUGUGGGGGCAGUGUGUAUAUGGGUGCAGUGUAUGUUUUGUGGAGGGCAAUGUGUGUAGGGGGGGCAGUGUGUGAAUGUGUGGUGAGGAGAGUAGGGAGGCUUUUUUAUAAAAAAUGUUUUAAUAAAAAUAUACUUUAUGUCGCUCCUUCCCUUCUUACCUUUACUGAGGGAGUUGGGGGGGACAUUUCUCCAUCCCUGGUGGUCCAGUGGGGAAUCCCUGGUGGUCGCAGUGGUGAGAGUGAACUCUAGCCCACAUUUUCUUGCGAGAUCUCGAGCGUUGCUGUGGUAACCGCUGCAUUGCUCCGUGCUCACAAGAGAAAGACCUGGAGGAGCUGCAGGCUGAGCUCCUUGGUCCUCUCUCCCUUCCUCCCUUGUCGGCUGCCAGAACUGUGCCUGCUGACCAGGGAGAGAGAUCUCUGAUCUCCCCUCUGGUCUGUGAAGGCACAUUGCAGGGCUGGCGCUUGGACAGUGCCAGCCCUUCAUUAUCCGGAAGAGGAGAGCCUCGGAGGGUGGGGCAAUUGCCCCAUUGCCCCCUUGAUCCACCAGUGGAAGGGCCAGUUAAGCCAUGCAGUGAUAAUGUCACUGUUGAAAUUGAGAAAUAAAACUCUUUAAAGAAACAAAUGAUAUUUGGGUUAGGCAUGUACAUGGAUAUAUUUUUAGAAAAAAAAACCUGUAUGAAAAUAGUGCAGUGAACAGUGACCCAAACAUGGCACAUAUAAUAUAGUGAAAACUAAUUUUAAAACCUCUUGAAGAAAUAAGCCAAACAUAAAAAUAGAAUACGAUUAUGAAUUAAAGGUAUACCAUAUUUAAUAGAAAAUGUUCCAUGAUCUGUAGUAGGCUUUUGCAUGGUGGAAAAAUUGAGUUUGGCCAAAUCGCUUCUGCCGAAAUAGAAUAUGUUUCAGGAUAGUCGAAUUUUAGCCAUAUGGUGGUUAGGUUAGGUAAUAUUUUGUUAAUGAAUAAAGGUUACAAUAAACAAAUCAAACAAACCAAAAUGCAUUGAAAUGGGCCAUUCAGUGUACUGAAAAACAUAUUAUGUAUAUGUCUAUAUUUUGCAGGACACUGAUGGGCGCCUUUUCCUGUCAUUUGGUUCUUUAGCGCCAAGGGUGGAAUUCUGAAUUACGAAUCAAAACGAACAUGCACCACUGCAUGUUUUAUUUGGUUCAUGAUUCAGGUGCAUUACAGCUCAUCAGGAAUUCAAAAAUCACCUAGUCAGCCAAAAUAAGGACAAAAUGCAUUUCGUAACGAAAUGCAUCUCUAAGUCUAGUCUAACGUAGAUCAUGUUGCAACAUUCCCAAAAGUUAGUCAAUUGUUCAGUUUUCUGAGUUAGGCAAAAAUCCCAUUCAGCUAUAGUUACACCUUGGCUAUUAAAGUCCAAUUUUUGCAAUUUGGUUUUCAAUUUACUACAAUUCGGGAUUUAGUGAAUAAACCCUACACUUCUGGUUUUGAAAUUUACCAAUUGUUGGCACAUCAACAGACUGUAAAUGUAGGCAAUCCAUUGGAAAACAUUGUUUAACUAGAACUGCGGUUAACAUUUAUUCACACAACUAAUAAACAAAUUAACUAAUAAAAUAUAUUUUUUCAGAUGGCCUUAAUGAAACACAAAGGCCUGUUUGAGCUGCUGGAAAGCCAUGGAAAAUAUCUCUUGGAUACAAAAUUUCAGUCUAAAAAUGGUCUCACAAGUCACAGGGAUGCCGCACUCACAGCCAUGCGUUUAGCGAUUCAAACCAUGCUUGAAGAACUGGCACCAAAUCUUUGGGAGGACGACCUUGAUCGCCUGGUGGAUUAUGGGCAUGUCAUAAGUCCUGAACUGGAAAUGGUAUGUUCAAAUUGUUCAAAUUGACUAAUUAUAACUAAAUGUAUAAAUUCCAUGAAAUAAACCGAGUGGUACCCAGUUCUCUCAAGAGCUGGUAAUUUUUUUAAUCAACAUUCCAUAAUUAUCAUCUAGAAAUUUAAAGUAAAUUCAACUGCAAUCAACAGGACAAUAAACUUUACAGGAUUAGAUAAUACUUCAUACUUAUUACUAAUAACCAAAAGUGGUUUGUGAUUGUUGAGACGUAUGUUUGUUUGCCGUACCAUAAUUAAUGUGGGUGGGGGGGGGUUAAUGACCUAGUAUGAGUAAUCUGAGUGCCCUUGAUAUUAAGCAAUGGCCAAUUAACCCCUUAAGGACCAAACUUCUGGAAUAAAAGGGAAUCACAUGUCAUGUGUCCUUAAGGGGUGAAAGAAAUGAUUGACCUCAUCAAAUAUAAUACUACAUAUAGUUGCCAUAAGGCUAUAUUUGAAAUUUCCAUUCCGUUUCAUAAUAGUUAUAUCCAUGCACCUUGCACAGAAGGAUGCUUUUAUUUCACACAUUUCACACAAAAAACAACUGAAUUUAUUGAAGAUAUGAUGAUGUCUACUUAUUAAACAGGUUAUUUUAAAAUGUUAAUAUAUUAGAUGACCUUCUUUUUUAUUUAAAUCUAUGUGUCUUUUUAAUCUGUGAUAAUUCUCUUUACGAUAUAGAAAGUGUUACCAGCGCUGAUGCAUGGCGAAGCCGUGAAUAUUGACAUGGCGUUCAUGACAUAUGUAUCAUUAGAAAAAGGGCUUCUUACACCACAGGAAAAGGAUCGCACACUCCAAUGUAUGAGAGGCUUGGAACUGCCAGUUUGGCACAAGGAUUGCUCUCUACAGCUUGUCACCAAAGCUUUGAGUGAAAGAUUCAAACACAGUGGUGGAUUAUGGCGCCUCCCUCUUCCUACUGGCCUUGGGGUUGCAGGUAUAGUAUAUAUUUACAGGGAUACUACUAGGCUGCAAAAAGACCAGGUGGUUUCAGCCCAUGAGUACUUGUAUACCUCCUCCCACAUAUAUUGAUUUAAGCCACCCCAAAGCCAGCCCUACACAAUGCCCACAUUAACAUUGAUGUGUUCUAUAAAUCAUAUUGUGACACCAAAUCUUUGAAUAAAUUCUGAGUAUUUUGUAGAGCUAAAUAUAAAAAAUCCAAGCCUUCUGUAUUAACAUAUCAUGCUGCAUUAACCCCAAACCUGCACCUCCCUACACUAUAUUAGAACUCUGUACCCAGAGUGAUACAGCCAUAUAGUGAUCUAUAAUAUACUCCAAAUAUAGGACAUUAAAGUGGUACUAUAGCACAUUAUCUAACUGAAAGCGUUACUAGCCUCUCAAUAUAACAUGGGGCUUAGGGCUAACAAUGAAAGGAUGCCAAGAUCAGAGCCAAGGCUGUUUGGCACGACCCGUAGAGCCCCUUAUAAAUGACAUUGCUUUUACAUUAACAUCAACAAGAUGGCCAUCUGAGCAUAGCCAGCCAGUGCUAAGUAUUAUGUCAAUAAUAUCAUGUUUGGCAACAUUUAAACCUGCUACCAUUAUAAAUUAUUUCAUACUGUCUUGGUUGUUGAGGUGUGGAUUGUGCUAGAAUUUAAAAUAAUAUUUGUUAUGUUGCUUUGGCCAUAAUAGAGAAUUAUAAGCAUAGAUUAUUUUUUUCUAUGACAACAAUUUUGGCCAAUUCUAAAAUGUGUUUUCAGUCCUGAAAUCUCCAGAAUUUACAAAAUCUUCUUGGAGUAUAGUUGCUUAACUUUCACUUCAUGCACCAUGUGAAUUAACAUAAAUAACAGGAACAUAAUAAAACGCAUCCGAUUCUAAAUUCAUAGGUAGUAAAUAUUCAUUAGUGGCUGUAAAUUUUCAGGGGAAAAGCUAUGCCAAAAAGCAUACUCUUCAUGCAUAAAAAAAUUGCACAAAUAUUUCAUGAGCCUUAAAAACCUACCAUUGAUUAGCUGCAGACCUAAUCUCUGCAGUUUUUGAUGAUCCACCCCAUUUUUGCCAAGCACUUACCUCCUCAUUACUGCUGAGCAUUUUCCAAUCAAAUGCUGCUUAUCACCUUAAAGGACCACUAUAGUGCCAGGAAAACAUACUCGUUUUCCUGGCACUAUAGUGCCCUGAGGCUGCCCCCACCCUCAGGGACCCCCUCCCGCCCGGCUCUGGAAGGGGGAAAGGGGUAAAAACUUACCUUUUUCCAGCGCUGGGCGGAGAGCUCUCUGCCUCCUCUCCUCCUCCGUUAUGCCCCGCCGGCUGAAUGCGCACGCGCGGCAAGAGCUGCGCGCGCAUUCAGCCGGUCUCAUAGGAAAGCAUUUACAAUGCUUUCCUAUGGACGCUGGCGUGCUCUCACUGUGAAAAUCACAGUGAGAAGCACGCAAGCGCCUCUAGCGGCUGUCAAUGAGACAGCCACUAGAGGAAAUAGAGGAAGGCUUAACCCAUUCAUAAACAUAGCAGUUUCUCUGAAACUGCUAUGUUUAUUAAAAAAUGGGUUAACCCUAGCUGGACCAGGCACCCAGACCACUUCAUUAAGCUGAAGUGGUCUGGGUGCCUAGAGUGGUCCUUUAAGGACACAUGAUGGAAAUAUUCCGUCAUGAUUCCCUUUUAUUUUUGAAGCUGUGCCCUUAUGGGGUUAUAGGCAAAGUAUUGAGGACAAAUCUCCACUCCAAAGUUUCUCAAAGACAUGGAGUGUUUUACUGACAUUUAUUGAUUCAUGUUAAAAAACAACAACAAUAAAAAAAAAAAAAAACAUACUUUAUUUCAAGUGCUGGUUUUUGGGUAUGUAAAUGUAUGUUUCAACUCCCAAUAGCUUUAGCUAGACUCUCAUUGAGCAUAAUAGGUGUUUUAGUCCUGCAGUGAUCAACAUCAGUAAGAUGAAUUAAUGAUGAUGCUUAAAUCGCACAUUUAGGAAUAAUGUCUAUAAAAUAAUUUUUGUAUUUACAGUUCAGACAAACUGGCCAAACCAUUCAUGCAUUCUGAGAGACUGAAUGAAUGAUCAUUCUACUCAUUAAUGUUUCUUUAACACUGUAUUCAGAAUAGCAACAUAGUAAUUUAGUCAUAUAUUAAGUACAUGUUCCCUCUAUUGCUGCUAUUGAUCCAACAAAGGAAUUAAAUAUUUAAUAUAUUUCUUCAUGCCAUUUUUCUAAUUCUAUAUAUUUCUUGCUUUUCAGAAAUCUUCAAUGAUGUGUGUGAAGAAACUAUGAAAAAAGCCUAUCAUAUGUGGAAGGUAGAGUGCAGAGAAUUAUCAUUCUAAAGAAUUUGACUCCUUUAACUUCUGUGAAUUCUGUAAAGGAAGUGCCUGGAUUCCUUUUUAGCUAUAAACCGUGUGCUUUGAGCAUGUUUUUAUCGAAGUCUUACCGAAAAAAUUUACCAUUUUUGUUGCACUGUAAUGUAGAGUUAAAAGUGAAAUGCGUUGUUACAAACCUAGUAUUCUGUGUAAUUAAUGAGAGGUGGCCAAACAAUCAAUAUCCCAAAAAUCUAUAGGAACAGAUAAGGGGAUAACCCUAGAAAAAUUUGUUAUAAAGAGAGGAAAAACAGGAACCUGUUCCAACUAUUGCUGUCAUGACAUUCAGUUGAAAUAAAUAAUAAAUGGUUAAAAAUCUAGAAGAUACUUUAUUAAUUAAACCCAAAACACAAUAUGGGCACAAAUAAACCUUGGCUAUGACUGCUUGACUCAGUAAAAGAGUCAAUUCCGGCAGUACAAGCAAAAGAGUGCUCAAUAACAUAUUGUGUUUUGGGUUUAAUUAAUAAAGCAUCUUCUAGAUUUUUAACCAUUUAUUAUUUAUUUCAACUGAAUGUCAUGACAGCAAUAGUUGGAACAGGUUCCUGUUUUUCCUCUCUUUAUAACUAGUAUUCUGUGUAGUUCUAAAAGUGCCGCGCCACAUUCAGUACAUGAACGAUGGUAUUUUUGUCUUUUAAAAAUAGGCAAGUUGCCUUAGAUCUGCAUCUUUAAAAAAAAGUCUAGCAAGAUUUUUGUGAACUUAAAUUAAGAAUGUUCUAAAAUACAUCACCAUUAAAGUCUAUGGCAAUUUUUGGACAUAAAUCAUUUGGAAAGCUUAUUAAAGCGGGGGCCAUAGUUUUUUUUAUUAAACAAUCACAUUUCAAAAGCAUUAAAACCAUUAUAUAAAUAGUCAAAAUAAUUUGUUAUUGUGAUCUUGUAUUUUAAAAUAAUUACAUAUACCCACAGCCGUACUCUGAAUGUGUUAAGCAUAUUAAUACAAUUUUCUGGUGGCACUGUUUGUGAGGUUUUUCACACUACUAAUUUACUCUAUGUGUUUACAGAUUGCGUAGCAGAGAAGGGUGAAGUGAAGUUCUAAAACAUUUUCUCUAAUUGUAGAUAUCAUUAUAUUCUGCAGCUCAAAAAAGCUGCAAAUAAGCAAUGUACCAUACAUACUGUUUAAAUACAUCUUUAUAUAUUGAAAGUGAAAUGGGGUUCUCUUAUCGCACUGACACAGUAUGUUCUUAUGAUGUUCACCCAGUAUAUUAAAAAAAAAUGGUUGUAUAUGUUUAGAUUAGUUUAAUAGUAUGUAUAUAUGUUGUGUUUGUUUGUUUGUUUUUUGCUAAUGACAUAUUUGUAGUGAAUCAUGAACUGAAUAGCAAAAUGUAGACAAAAAUGUGGCUUUUGAAAAAUUACUAAGGCAGAUCUUGGCUAUUUUAACUGAGAUUUUGCAUUCAGAUUGGGUUGUGAGUAGGUGUCUUUCCUUGUUUUCCUGCCUCAAAUCACCAAGAUAUUGCAUUCAAAACUAGUGCCACUCUGAAGAUUGGGAACAACAGUGUAGAGAAUAAAAUAUUGUACCCUGUGGGUACUGUAACUAUGUCUGGGUUUUUUGCCCAAGCAUUCAGCUAUAAAACUACUAGUAAAAAAAAAAAAAAAAAAUCUUGAUAUUUCAUAACGUGUUGGAUUUAUUUGUCUUGUGUUUAGUUGC